CGUGGAUAGUUCAUUGUCUGCCAAUCGAUGCAUCAACCGGAGGAGAAUGGUCGAGGCAUUUGACCCUGCGUGUGUUUGCGAGAGAGUGAGAAAGAGAGGGUUGACGGCAACCACAUGAGGCAUGGAAAGCAACUUCCAGAGGCGGGGGACCGCAGCCAUGACAGUCUUUCAGGUUUUAGCAGAAUUAUUGAAAAUAUAGGGAGACAGCUACAAAACAGUCUUUCUCAAGAUUUUAGACAGAGGUGAAAAAUACCCUUUGCCCGCAUCUCCUCUUCCCUUUAGUAGGGUCAUGAGGAAUCCUUCAAUUUGACAAAUGACCAAUGGGAAUCCUGGGUUUAGGAUGGACAUGAAAAUUUCAGCCAAUGAACACUGAGAUAAGCCAGAUUUCUGGGUCCCAAAAAGCGCAAUUGACCCUUUCCUUUGGCUAGCCACCAAAAAGCGCAUGGGCUACAUACUCUCGCAGCAUCCCACUGCCCACUGCCCACUGCCCACUGCAAGGGAAAAACCAAAAAUGUUGAGGUUGGUCUCACUAGAAAACUUACUACCUCCCAACACCAAUUAUUGAACCAUGGGCUCCUCAGAAUAAAUAGAUGCAAGGUACCCCAAUAUUCCUCUGUAAAGACACUUUGCAUUUUGAGCUUGUUUCUUUUGCUGAGUUAGUUCUUAACUUUAGCCGAAAGCCUGUUUGAUCCUUGUAUCAACUUCAUAAUCAUUUUCCUGUCUAUCUAAUGACCACUGACAAGAAAGCAGCGAAUGCCAUGGGAGGCAAGACGGCUAGAGCCUGCGAUGGUUGUUUGCGGAAGCGUGCACGUUGGUAUUGUGCAGCAGAUGACGCCUUUCUUUGCCAAGGCUGUGAUACAUCAGUCCACUCUGCUAAUCAGUUAGCCAGCAGACAUGAAAGGGCUAGGCUUGAAACUGCAUCAUUUUCUAAGUUCAGUGCUUCGGUUAUGAACAGAACUAAUCAAGAUGCUCCACCAGCAUGGCACCAAGGUUUCACUCGAAAGGCAAGAACACCAAGGCAAAACAAGUCCAUGUUGGGGCAACAAAAAAAUGAGGGAAAAGUUUUCAGUUUGAAUCCGCUUGAUCCUGUUGUUCCUGAGAUUGGGAUUGAAGACGGGUCAGUUGAUGAGAACGAAGAGCAGCGGCUUUGCAGAGUUCCGGUAUUGGAUCCUUUUGCUGCAGAGCUAUGUAAUAUGGUAACGAGUGAUGGCGAUGAAGUUGCUAUGGUAAAUGAAGAUGGGAAUUUCGUAAUUGAUGAUUAUGAACGUGAACGAACAUGCGAGUUGGAUGAUGGAUUACAUGGCUUUUUACCUUCAGAUAUGGAUCUUGCUGAUUUUGCUGCUGAUGUUGAGAGCUUACUAGGAGUUGGACUUGAUGAUGAUGCUUGUUGUGACACCAAAGGAAUUGACUUGCUACAUAGCAAGGGAGAAGACGAAAGUAAUGUUCUUCAUGAACGCAAAAUAGUGAAAGUUAAAGACGAAGGAGAACUGGAAGGUAUAACAGCUUGUUGCUUUGAUUCUGCUUUUGAUGUGACAAGAGAAUCCUUAAACUGGAGCUUUGAUUAUGAGUCACGGACGAUUGGUGAGGAGGAAGAGGAGAAGGUGUUGCCUGUGACAGAGACAACAACAAUGAAUGGUGAAAUUAAGGCGGAGAUGAAGAGGAACAUGCUGUUGCGGCUGAAUUAUGAGUCAGUCAUCACUGCUUGGGCCAGCCAAGGGUCUCCUUGGACAGCAGGAAGUCGACCAGAGUUCAACCCUGAUGACUUCAUGGGCUCAAAUCUUAAAGAGGGCCAUCACCUGAGCGGAGGCAUAGGGGGAAUAUACAGCCUGCAGGGAAGAGGGAACACCGAUGGAGAAAGAGAAGCAAGGGUAUCAAGGUACAGAGACAAGAGAAGAACGAGGCUGUUCUCGAAGAAGAUAAGGUAUGAAGUGAGGAAGCUGAAUGCGGAGAAAAGGCCCAGAAUGAAAGGCAGGUUCGUUAAGAGGAGUUCCUUUGUGGGGACUGCUUUUCCUUAUAUCAAUUAAUAACUGUUUAAAUUACUGCCAAAUCUUGCGGUUUGUUUCUUUGCAAGAAUUGGCAGGAGAGUUGCUUAGCCAACAGCCAGGGUGUACAUAUAAUUGGCUAAGCUUCCAAUUAGUAAAUGGAUUAGGGUAGUUGAUCACUGUUAGACCUUCUCUAACAGUACCAAAUAUCUUUCUAACGCUUGAAGCUUUGAUGUUAAUUAACCGAAAACUCUGUAAAAUAGUCAAGUUCCUGGUCUCUUUCCAUCUGUCUGCCUUGGACGAAUGAAGAAUUUUGUUUCAUUUCUCCAUAUAUACGAGUUCAGAUAUGUUAAACAGCUUUAUUCCU